CUACUUGUUGGUCGCUGUAGUCUCUCCAUUCGUUAAGGUUUCUUGCCCAUGUUUCUCUAAAGUCUAAACUCGGACACAGGAAGUGAAGUGCACUCACCUGUAAUCAUCACCUUCUCAACUUGCUCUUUCCGUUUUUUAUCAACUUUCAAUCUUUGACUACACAAAUAACUUCUACACCCUUCUGCAUAGUUUCUUUUGCAGUCAAAUUCCAUUGCCACCGGUCUUAAAGCUUUUGAGAAGUCGUACUAUGUGAUUUUUUGGUGAAGGGUUUAAGAUUUGUGGGUUCUGCUAGGUUGUUAUUGUGAAGCAGUUUUUGGCUGUAACAUUCGGGAAGUUUGAGAACUGAGAAAUUGAGAAUUGUUGUUAGAGGGAGUUAGAAUUGUUGGUCCUGGAAAUUUUCUUGUUGAUGUGAUUAACUUUAGGCAUUUUGCACUUUGAGAGUUUUGGAUUUGGAUUCGUGAAUUAGAUUAGUGCACUACUUUAUAGGAUUUGGUGACAUUUUCUUGUUGGUCAGUACCUUUUGCAUUUCACUGCCGAAGUAAGGACAUUGUAUUGGGAUUUGAAAAGUAGUUGGGUUAUUAUUUUGGGGUAGGCUGCGCAUUUGACGAAAUGGGGAGUAAUGGGGUUGAUCAUCCAUUGAGUAAUUCAGAAGAGGAAGGGCUUAGUAGCAGCCAGGAACUUUAUAAGAGCUUUGAGCAGAUUGGUGGUGUUGACACUUCAGUAAUUGUAGAUUACGUGUCUUCAGGUGAACAAUUUGAAGUAGGUUCUCCUCAAGAAACACAAAAGCAGGAGACGAAUUCAGGAAUGACAAAAGCUGGUCAGCUUCAGGAAGCACAGAAAUCAGUGACAGAUUCAGCGCAGCAGCCAUCUGUUCAAGAGAUUCUAGAAUCAAAAAGGCCAAAUGCCACUUCUUUCCCUCAACGAGGAUUGAAUCACUCCGUUACUGCCCCUGUUUCUACUGAUAGACAUCCUCUGCUCGAUGACUCUGGUAAAUUUACAUUCUGUAGAUCCAUGACAGAGAAGAAGACUCCAAGGCAUGAGCUAAAAUUGGAUAGACUAUCAGAGCAUGAAAAGCACAAACUAAUCAUUGAGCUAGUCAAGAUCCAAAAUGAUGGAACAGUUGAAGUUGAUAUAGCCAAAAGUUCACCUGUUGCAUCUGAAUUAUUAGAGCUCCAUUCAGUUGAAGGGGCAUCCUUCUAUAGCAGUUCUGAAUCUUUCAAUAAAUCAAUUCCGAGGUUGAAAAUUGCCAUUCUUGUGGUCGGAACAAGAGGAGAUGUGCAGCCAUUUCUAGCUAUGGCUAAGAGACUUCAGGAAUUUGGUCAUCGUGUUAGGUUGGCAACUCAUGCUAACUUUAGAAGUUUCGUAAGGUCAGCUGGUGUGGAAUUUUAUCCCUUGGGUGGUGAUCCCCGGGUUUUGGCAGGAUAUAUGGCAAGAAAUAAAGGCCUCAUCCCAUCUGCACCUGGUGAAAUAGGCAUACAAAGGAAGCAGCUGAAAGCCAUUAUUGAGUCUCUUCUUCCAGCAUGUACAGAACCGGAUAUAGAAACUGGUGCAUCUUUUAGAGCCCAGGCAAUUAUUGCAAACCCACCUGCUUAUGGACAUGUGCAUGUUGCUGAAGCUCUUGGGAUCCCGAUUCAUAUUUUUUUCACAAUGCCUUGGACGCCAACUUAUGAAUUUCCUCACCCUUUAGCACGUGUACCUCAAAGCGCUGGUAAUUGGCUUUCAUACGUAGUUGUGGAUUUACUCAUAUGGUGGGGAAUAAGAGGAUACAUAAAUGACUUUAGGAAAAGAAAGUUGAAGCUUCCCCCAAUUGCAUACUUCAGUAUGUAUCAUGGAUCAUUAUCUCAUUUGCCAACAGGUUAUUUGUGGAGUCCCCAUCUUGUGCCAAAGCCAAAUGAUUGGGGUCCUUUAGUUGAUGUCGUUGGUUAUUGUUUCUUAAACCUUGGGUCAAAGUAUGAACCUAAAGAAGAAUUUAACAAAUGGAUUCUGAAAGGAACAAAGCCCAUUUAUAUUGGGUUUGGGAGCAUGCCUCUUGAAGAUCCCAAGAAGACUACAGACAUGAUAACAGAGGCAUUGAAAGAUACUGGGCAAAGAGGAAUAAUUGAUCGAGGUUGGGGCGAUCUUGGAAAUCUUACAGAGGUUCCUGAUAAUGUCUUUCUUUUGGAGGACUGCCCCCAUGAUUGGUUGUUUCCUCAAUGUGCUGCUGUGGUUCAUCAUGGUGGUGCUGGAACCACAGCUACAGGAUUAAAAGCAGGGUGCCCAACAACCAUAGUGCCGUUCUUUGGAGAUCAGUUUUUCUGGGGUGAUAAAGUGCAUAAACAAGGGCUGGGACCUGCUCCAAUACCGAUUGCCCAGCUCAAUGUUGAGAAUCUUUCAAAUGCAAUAACAUUCAUGCUCCAACCAGAGGUGAAAUCUCGAGCAAUGGAAUUAGCGAAGUUGAUAGAAAAUGAAGAUGGUGUUGCCGCUGCAGUUGAUGCAUUUCACCGGCAUUUACCACCUGAGCUACCUUCGCCUACCGCAUCUUUUGAUGAAGAUGAACAUCCAGACCCUCUACAAUGGUUCUUUAUUCAACUUCAAAGGUGGUGCUGUCGACCUUGUGGUGGUGUGUAGGCUUCUUCGUUGUAUCUUUUAGCGUUGUAUAGAUUUGUUUUCAUUUUAUUUUUAUGUCACAGGUUAAUUUUGGCAUUUUUAUUUAAUGAUUCAUUCAUUCCAUUCAUGGAUCUAGUGUGGUGUUAAGUUAUAGUUGAAGAAAUAGGGUAGAUUUUUCUCGAUGCUUGUAUAACAAUAUUAGGCUUCUUUUUAUUUACAUUUGUUAGAUUGAUCUCACAAACGAGUUGCAAUAAAUUAAGAUGGUUUACUUGAAACCAGUUAAUGGGUUGUCCAGUUAUCAUUUCCAGUUA